AUGUUGUGUGUCGAGUGGCAGAGCACACGGAGAGGACUCGGUAGGACGUCGGAGUCGCUGCUACCUCUACUGCUACUGCUGUUAGCCUCAGCCGCUGCUGACGUCAUCUUCAGAGUACCUGAAGUACUGGUGCGCCAUGCAGCUGCCCCAAAGUCAGUAGGCACUGGCAGCAGGAACUCCUCGCGCGCUAACGACUCGGAGCAGAGGGCGGGUGAUGACACACUGCUCGAAGUACGUUACGAAGAGUACUUCGUAGAACAUGACGUUUCAACUGCCGAUGCACGCAGGGCGGCACAUAACCUCAAUUUGGAAGACAUACCGCCGACCCGACCGGGCUGCGGCGCGUGCAGUGCGCGCGACAAUGAGUACUGCGAGACGCGCGUGCUGGCCGACCACUGCUGCUGCGAGCGGCGCUUCGUGCCGGAGCCCUUCCCCUGGCUCCCGCACACGUGCUACGUGGGGCCGCGCCGCUGUCGCCCGCUCGCGCACGACUGCGCGCAGUACGUGCGUCUCAGGAACUGCUGCUGCUACAGGAAGCUGGCGGAGAGAUGGAAGAGUAUCCUGUCGAAGUCGACUCGUUUGGGCGUGAGCGGCGUGUCCCUACUGCUGCUGUCGAUGCUGCUGCUGGUGGCGCACCUGUGA